AUGCCUGGAAUUUUACCCAUGAAAGUGAUCAAGGUCGGAGGCACCGGCGUACAAAGCAGGAUCGCUCAGGCGUGUGACCGGUGCCGAAGCAAAAAAAUACGGUGCGACGGCGUCCGACCAUGCUGUACACAAUGCGCCCAUGUCGGAUUCGAAUGUAAAACGAGUGACAAGUUGAGUCGCCGCGCCUUUCCCCGAGGAUAUACAGAGUCUCUCGAGGAGAGAGUACGGGCUCUUGAAUCAGAAGUGAAAGAGUUGAAGAAUCUGCUGGACGAGAAGGACGAGAAAAUCGAUGUUUUGUCGCGGAUACACUCUUUUUCGCCUUCGCAACGCGCGGCCCCCAUUCGGUCUCCCUCCUCAUCCGCAACCACGAAGUCGAACCCGGAUGAAUCGGAGGGCGUUAUUCAUGUUGAAGGACUGUCUCGUCAAUCUCCUUUGCAGUCUUCUGAUAACCCUUAUACUGCUCUGUCCAGCACUAAUGGAUUUUCCGGAGUUCUCACCGAUAAUAUUAUCAGUCAAGGAAAAUCAACUACGAAACUCCCAACUGAUGCACUGACAAAAUUAUCGCCACCUGUGUCUCGUGGCAUGCUUAAUCAACCUAUCAAGACACCACCUCGUCUGGUGUCAGACCAACUCAUUAAUAUCUUCUUCCAAGAAUGGGCGCCUUUGUACCCUGUGGUGCAUCGCCCAACCAUCUUGAAGGCAUAUGAACAAUAUCUAAAUGGUUCUGACUCAUUGAAGAACGACAUGCACAUGAUGGCGCAGUUGAAUUUGAUCUUCGGAAUUGCGGCUCUUUCGUCGAGUUCACGGACUAACCAAGACCCUGCAUUCUUUGAGGAGAACUGGUCAAGCCCACUAGAUUCAUUCUCCAGUGAAACGUCAAUGAAAAGUUUACAGUGCUUCGUUCUCGCUCAAGUUUACUGCAUGACCAAAGCCGACUAUCGCAGUUUGUUGCGCUACCGCGCUCUGGCUGUGGAUGUUUGUCACCAGCUCAGACUGAACCAGGAUAUUACGCCGUCUAACCCGCUGGAAGGGGAGACUUGCAAGAAAGUCUUCUGGUGUCAGUAUGUGAUGGAUCGAUUUUCGUCUGCUCUGACUGGAAUGCCCGUUCUUCUGCGCGAGUCUGAUAUCCAGGUCGAGUAUCCCGUUGAUGUGGACGAUGAGUACGUCACCGAGACCGGCUUCUUGCCGACUCUUCCUGGCGAGUCCACCCGUUUAUCCAGCGCCCUCGCGCUCUUUGGCGUUUCCCGGAUUUUGAACAAGGUGUUGGAAGACCUGUACCCUUCCAAGGCUGGGUACAAAAUUCAUGUGUCCAAGAUGCGUGUGGUCACAGAGCAGUUGGAUGAAUGGCUCUCGAAGCUGCCUCCUCACCUUCGCCUCGAGUUUUCCCAAGACAAGCCCAGCACAAACGUGACAAGUAGUCGUUCGCCUCUUUUGUCCCUUGUGUACUUCUUCAUUCGUUCUCUGAUCCAUCGCCCUGCUGUGUGUUUCGCCGACGAAAAUCUGCGUUCUCGCUCAGUUCUAGCAAUGUCCGACUCUUCGAAACAUCUUAUUCAGAUUCUGCAACUUCUUGAUGAACGUCGACUUUGUCUUUCAUUCAGUCUUAAUCGCAAGGAAUUAGUGUAUUUUGCUGGUCUUGGACUCUUGUGGCAGACCAUUGGCCUGAAACGCGACAGCAAGCUGGCGAAGGAGAGCCAAAAACUUCUCGCUACAGCGACACAACAACUGGGAACAGAGUCGGCUGCCGCGGCUGCCGAGUUUGCUCAGCUCGUCAACACUCUGAUGCCUGUCGACAAGCAAACAAACGAGAUGGCGGCCCCAAACAAGCCAUCCAGGUCCCCGAAGAAGCAGCUGCAGUCGCUGAAGUCCCGUAUCUCAUCAAGCAUGGGUCGUGACCAAGCCUCCAAGCAAGCCUCGCCUUCUCGCCGGAACACCGUCUCCGGUGCCACUGUUCCAGCCGCUGCCCAGUCUCUUCGCUCCCCCAGCUGGAACAGCCUACCUCCUUCACAGCCAGAUGAUCUUGCGAACCCCCACUACCAGAAUGGCAGGCAUUCCUUGGAUCUUUCCUCGGAUCCCCAGAUGUUGUCAUCCGCGGGAUACGACUACACUCGACACAUGUCCAGCUCAACUCCUACCGAUGCCAAUGGUGCCAUUACAAUGGCAGAUUGGGAGUAUGUUUUAAGUGAUAUGGAUCGCGGAUACUCAAACAUUUUUACUGGUAUCUAUGGUGGCAAAGAGUGUGGAGAAGACCCUGGGCCGUUCGCAUCUAUCACUGCCGAGUACAGCCGGAAGCCGAACGACGGCACGCUCGCCAUCCCUUCGCCGUCCGAUAUGGUCAAGCUAUCGCCCGAGUCGUGGUCCGCCAGUAGUGGCGACUUUGCACCUCAACAGGAGCAUACUGCACAGAGUGUUUUGAGUUACUCAGGUGAAAGCAUGAGCAGUGAGGAUAAUUUACAGGCGCUCGGUGAUGCUUCGGGCCACCCGGAGGAUAUGAGUCUGUUUGACCCAUUUCACGGUCUUUCAAUGCCGCCCAAGGAAGACAUUGAUGAGUUGGCUCUAGUCAAUGGUUGGGAUCGUCGACUGGUCGUUUGA